AUGAAAUAGAUAGAAUAACAGAAACUAUUUAAAGAAGUUGAGGAAGAAGCCAAUAUCCUUAAAGAAUUAGAUCCUCGCAUCAUAUUAAAUUUUACCAAUUUUUUGAAGUUCAAAACUUUAUCAUUUAAUAACUGAGUUAGAGUAAUAAUUAUAAAUGAUGAAAUGAAAUUAAAAGAAUUGUUAUCAAUAUCUUUGAAAGAGUAGAUACUAAUAAAACUGGUCAUGUGAAUUUUACAUAGUUUAUUCCAGCUAUUGCAGAUGAGGAGGAAAUUACUAAAUAAAUAAAGAUUACAAUAAGCAUUUAAAAAUAUUUGACUUAGUAAAUAUUUAAUCAAUUUUAGAAUGGCCAUCGCUAUAUAAAUAUCGAUGAUUUUAAUCAAAUUAUUGGAGGAAUCAAUGAAAAUCUUUGGAAGGAGAUCUUAGCUUCGUUUUACUUUAAUGGACAUGUUUAGCCUUCUCAAAAAUAAAUUAUCGUAUUUUUCGUCAAUUAAUAUGUUUUGA